CGGACACCGGGACUGCAAGAUGGCGUCGCUCGUGCCACUGAAGGAGAAGAAGCUUAUGGAGGUUAAACUUGGAGAACUGCCAAGCUGGAUAUUGAUGAGGAAUUUCACCCCCAGUGGCAUUGUGGGAGCCUUUCAGAGAGGUUAUGAACGGUAUUACAACAAGUACAUCAAUGUGCGGAAAGGCAGCAUCUCGGGGAUUAACAUGGUGCUGGCAGCCUAUGUGGUUUUCAGCUACUGCAUUUCUUACAAGGAACACAAACAUGAGCGGCGACGCAAGUACCACUGA